GUUAAUAUGUAACUUUUAAUUAAUGCAUUGUAAAUGAAGUUGGAACAAUAGCUUUCGAGCCCCGAUCUAUCUUUCCAACGAGAUAUAAUACGCUCCAAAUGGAUAAACACACAGCAAGAUAUGAGUGUCACAAAUACUUAGCCUUAUCUCUAAGAUUUAGCGUUUUCAGUGAAAAUAGAGCACUUUUAGCGUAAAUACUGUGUAUUUUUUAAAUUAGGCAAUCAUCCCUUGAUAUUUUGAAACCAGCGCCUGAAAUGAGAAUAAGAGUGGCUUGGACAUUUUCCGAUUUUGAAGAACGUGGUAUCACUGUUCACUGACCUGGAUUUUUGCGUUCGAUUUGAGGCGUUUUGAUGUUGCUCUAUUCAAAUUCAGUCCAGUAUACGUUCCCAUCCUUGGAGUCGUUGCUGGAAUAAGAUUUCUUGGACCUAUUGCAGCAAAACUCAGUCCUUUUAUUUCGAAGUCGCAAUUACUGUUCAGGUCGCGUUCGUGUUCUGCGUGGGGGUUUUAGUCAAGCGUUUUUUUUCAGGUUUUUGUUCGCAGCUUUGGAGUCUGGUUGGGGCGUUACUGGUCCAGACGCUCUACUCUAAUCAUCUUCGGGUUAAGACUCCAUCUUAACUCCUGGAGUGUAUGAGGUUACAAUAAAGCUGCUGCUAUGUCGAAGAAGAAACAACAGGGGACAGGGGCUUCUUCCAAGGGGAGUAUGACCCGUUCAAGGUAUGCGGUGCUGGAGGAUUUUGAGGAGGAGUUCCCAGCCCUAUUGGCUAGAAUCCCGUUGAGCAAGCCAAAGAAAUAUGUGGCAGACUUGGUUUCUGGGGCAGAUCGUGUUUCGGUUGAUUUAAAGGCCACGAUUGGGAAAACAAAAGUCCUUGCUCUGGACAGGGCUGCUGCUGCUGGGAAUGAGAACCCUGCAGCUAGAGAAAUGCCUGCUGCUAAAGAACCUGCUGCUAAUAAAGAACCUGCUGCUAGGAACAAAACCAGUGCUCAGGAGGAUGCUACUGCUACAGUAGGGCUGAAGGCAGUAUCUAUGGCUGAUCCAGUGCAGGUAAACACACCAACUUCAGAAGCUGAACAGAUUACUAUAACAGGAGGAAAAAUUGCUGAUGUGGAAAGAAAACCAUGGAACGAUCUGUUUAAGGACAACCGAGCCCCAACGCACGGCCUUAAAUUGAAAUAUGUCCCACCCAAAGAAAAAGGACUAGACUUUACUGAUAGGAUCUUUCCCUCUAUGAUCGAGAUGUGGGGUCACUGUCUUGUUGGAUUUUUCACCGGUAGUUUCCCCGGAUUGAAAGCGAUUUACGAACUCAAAAAUGAAUGGGGUGUGAAGUGCCUUGUUAGGUCUCAUAAAAAGGGUUGGGUUAUAUUCAAGUUUCAAUGUGAACAUGAUAGGACUAAAGUGUUGAAUGGAGGACCGUACUCCAUUUUUGGGAAAUUAUUAUUCCUUAAAGUACUAUCCGAUGAUUUCUCUUUUGAUGAUGAAGAAUUUUUAAAGGUGCCGAUUUGGGUUAAAUUCCCUAAUCUGCCCUUAAAGCUAUGGAAUGAGGAGGCAAUGAGUGAAGUGGCGUCUAUGGUUGGUGUCCCACUAACUACGGACAAGGUCACUCAAGAAAAGAGCAACCACAACUUUGCUAGAGUGCUUAUUGAAGUGGAUAUUUCCAAGCCACCACAAUUAUCAUUUCCUAUACGAUUACCUUCUCGCAAGGUAUUCAAACAACAUGUGGUUUACGAGACAUUUCCUAGUUUUUGUUUUCAUUGCAAAGAGUAUGGACACCAUCCUUUUAUUUGCAAAAUUUUGGCUGAGAAGGAGCUGAGUACAUCUGAACUUUCCAAAGUUGAUGCACUGGAGAAAACUCCCAAAGAUGGGGUGCUUUUGCCUACCGUUUUUGAGAACACUGGGGCAAAAAAGGUGCAGCUAGAACCUCCUCCUGCUACUGUUUUGUCUGCCGUGGAACCAGCUGCUCCAGAAGCGCCUCCUGCUGCAUAUGCUACGUUUGAAGUUGCUGCACAAAAAAUUCAACCUGCUGCUGCUGCAUUGUCUGAUGCAUUUGAAGUUGCUACACCAGAAUCUGCUGCCACGCUUGAGUUUGCUGCACCAGAACCUGCUGAUACGCAUAAGUCUGAUGCGUUUGCUUUGUCUGCUGCUGCUGCGUUUGAAACAGGGUCAGCCCCAAACCCGACCGGGUUAGAGAAACAGACUGUUUCGCAGGGGUCUGCAGCCAAUGUUUUGGACGUGCAAAGUGUCCAAGGGCUCUCCGAAAACGUGCCAAAGGUGCAACCUGCUGCUGCAUUUGAAGAACCUGCUACUGCAUUUAAAGAGGUAGCUGCUGCUGUUCCUAAUCAGGUGCAACCUGCUGCUGCUGCUGUAUUUAAAGCUGCUGGAGCUACUGGAAUGGGAGUUACCCCGACACAGGUCGAUGAAAUAGAAGCUGUUGCUACUGUCGCACCGGACCUGCUGAUGCAACCUCCCAAACAACUUGGCAGCUACACUUUAAGAGUCCGUGUGGGUAAGGAUGGGAAGAAAAGGCUGUUUAGAAAUGAUGUUGAGAUUAGUAAUGAUGUACUGAAAUGAACAUGAUAACUUAGAUUUAGUUUUUCUUUAUCUCGGGGCUUGUCCCGAUAUCUACUAGUUUGAUGGUUUGGGAUGUUUAUAUCUAGGUCAGUUUAUCCUAGCCUAGGUAGUUAGUUUUGAUUUCUUAGACGCAUUGUAUUAUGCUAUUUUUGGGUGUUAAUACAAUUACC